AUGCUGGUACUUCAAGCGCCUCUGACGCCCUACAGCGCAUCCAUACCAUCCGGCCCUCCUCCUUCUGCUCCCAAUCGAACUGCACAGCCCUUGCCCUCCAAUCCAAACCCCGCCCUUGGAAGCGCCUUAUUCGCACUGGAUCUCGUACCUGCGAACGUCGCGCCCAGUAUUCCAAUCCCUGCCAACUUGCUCGGCAUCAGCAUCGAGCUCAGCGUCGCCGACGAGUACUUCGGCAGCGACCCGCAAACACCCUCGUACCAAUUUCUAAACUACCUGGCAAACAUACGGGCACGUGCCGGAGUAGGUCCGAUCGUACGCAUCGGAGGCAACACGCAAGACACUGCCGAAUAUGCCAGCAACUUGGACGGCGUCAUACGCAAAGUCGGCGGAGGGCUCAACGCAGCUGGCAUACCCAUCACGCCCCACCUCAUCUAUAGCGACGUCAUCUUUCAGUCUCUCAAGACAUUGGUCAAUCUUACGGACGCGCGCAUCGUCUGGGGCGUCAACAUGGUCAACAACACCGCCGACUUUACGCUCGACAUGGUCGAGCAUCUCCAAAAAAGCGUGGGAGACUCGCUCGAGCAUUUACUGGUCGGCAACGAGCCCGAUCGAUAUGCUCUCACAGGCAACAGACCUGCGUCGUACAGCAUCGACACGUAUCUGGACGAAUGGGGAGCCCUCACGCAGAGCAUCAUCAACGCCGCUUAUGCGGAUGAUGUGCGCCAAUUCAGCGCUCCGAGCGUCUGCUGCUCGUGGACGACUAGUCAGAUUCUAGACGCUGGGAUGCGAUCGCGCUUCUCUGAUCGGCUCAAAGCCAUCAGCGCCAUAAAGUACCCGCAAAGCCUGUGCCAAUCGGAUGCAGUGUAUGGGCAUGCGGGAUACCUCAACAUGACAAACAUUGUCAACUUUGCCAUGUACGAUGUUGCUGCCGUCAGCACAGCAGUCGAAAUGGGCCUCCCGUAUGUGCUUGCCGAGACGAACACCGCGUCGUGCGUGGGAGUCGCUGGAGUCAGCGAUACGUUCACGAGCGCCCUCUGGGCCAUCACUGCCUCUUUGGAACUUGCUUACCGCAACCAUUCCGCCGUGCUGCUUCACAACGGAGGCGCAAACGUCCUGUACAAUGUCUUUCAUCCGCCGACGCGCAACACGACCACAACUGCGUGGCGCACAGCGCCGAUCUACUACUCGCUGAUCGUGUUAGCCGAAGCCCUUCGCUCCACCUCGAGCGACCAGUCACGCGUUCGGAAUCUAGGUCUGAACGAGACGAUGGCGGCAGCUUAUGGUGUGUAUGAAGAGGAGACUCCAGUCAAGCUCGUCCUGGUCAACAUGGCCUCCUCAAACGAUCAGACCCAGGUCAUGAAUGUCGAGUUCGACCUGCCUGCGAAUGGUAACGCUGCUGUAUCAUUCAAGACGCUGACCGCCGCGAGCGUCGAUGAAAAGGCCAACAUUACCUGGGCAGGUCAAACGCUCUCCUACUACUCGGACGGAACUCUGAUCGGCACCGAGGACGUCCAGACGCUAGCGUGCCCUUCCCAACGAUGCACUUUGCGAGUGCCUGCUCCGAGCGUCGUCCUCGUCUUUCUCACGCAGCAAGCGCAGAGCCAGGCCUCUGUCAGCACGUCGGCCUUUGAGCCGCAAGGCACCAACAACAGACAAUUGAUACUCGACUCGAAUGGAAGCAGAGGUAAUCGAGGAGGCAGCACUUCCAAAGGCUCCACCAGACGCAACGCGGGAUGCGCUCGCGCUCGCGCUCGCGCUGGCGCCACAUUGCCUCUCUUAGCUGUGCUCGCGCCCCUCUUUGUAUCACUAUCAGUCUAG